AUGGACCAAUGUUGGAGGAGAGGGCCCCUCAGCCGAACGUUGAACGUUGAACAGGGGUCAUUGACGGCUGAGCAAAUCCAGCGUCGUUACAUAAAGUCAAAAGGCAACACUGCCUACCAAAAUCGCAACUUUAAGCAAGCAGCCGCUCUGUAUACUCGAGCUAUAGAGGUGUCGCCAAAACCCGAACCCGUUUUCUAUAGUAAUCGCUACGUGAACAUGUCACCUCCAAAACACGACUUGGUUGUGCUGGAGUGCGACGAGGCACUCAAAGUUGAUGCCAACUACGUCAAGGCCCUCAACCGACGCGCGAUUGCUUUGGAAGGGCUUGAGGGUACGAGGAGUCCGUCAGAGGUUCGUCGCGCCCCUCUGGUUACCUCCGUGUUUAAUCCGAGUCUACGAGAGAGCAUCGUCAGCGGGGAGUUAGGAAAUAGCCUCAGAAGAGAGAAAGGCAGAUGA